AUGAUUCGAUUAAAAGGAAAAAAAAAAAGAAAUUUUUUUUAUCAGCCGUACAGAACGACACCGCUUGUACUUCCAGGUGCAAAAGCAAAACAUGAAAAGGAAAUGGCUCCGACCGGAAGUUAUUUAAAAUAUCAUCCGAAUCCGGGAGUUAGAGCUGGUCCUUCACACUACGAUUUCAUGCCGCAAGAAAUCGCCAUGAAACAAAAAGUUGCCGAUUCGAUUCUUCAAAAAAUAGAAAAAGAUGAUGCCCUAGCUGGAAAACAGAUUAUUCGUCAACAAUUUAAUACUCCAAUCGGUUUAUAUUCGAACAAGAAUAUUGUAGAUACAAUCGAAAGUACGACUCGAAUCAAUACAAUGGCACCACGAAAAGCUCCAGUUUACGAUCCAUUAAAGUCUGAAACUUUUAAGGCUUUACAAGAGGAAGAAUAUAAACAUUUACCAGUUCAAGAGGUUUUGACUCCUGCCCAACCGAAAGUAUUCACGCCGAAGAAACCGGUACAAUCUCACACUUACAAUCCUUUGUCUCAUACUUCGGCUCAACCAAAUGUCCAGCACCACGUGCCUUAUGUUAAUUCAAUGGGACACUCUGGAGAACACAUUGCCCAAAGUGGAAGUUUUAAACGUCUUAUGAAUAUGGUUUUGGAUGAUUCCAAUUAUUGA